UGGGCAGAAACUUGCGCAGCUGACGUUGUGCUUGAUAACCACACAAGGCAGACAGUUUAAUUCUUUCUCCCAGAAAGUUUUUUAUUGUUGUUUUUCUUGCAGAGAGAUAAGUGGAGAUGAAUUAGUUGGACGGAUACUGCAGCGCGUAAAAAGUUGUGGAUGGUUACUUUUGCGCAUAAACAUUUAAAGGACUAUUAUAUCUCCAAAAGUUGCGGCAUAAAACAAGAGCAAGUGAAAUUUUUACCUCUGCAAAACUAUCGUCCACAAGCAGGCUGGAAGACCAUCCACUCCGGAGAACACAGCGAAUCCGCAGAGCGCAGAUGAUCGCAACUGGUGUUUGUGGCGUCGCGCUGGUGCUGGUGUUAGUGGUGCUGAUCCCGGUGGUGGUGAACACCGCCGGGACACCAGCCCGCUACGAGAUGCUCGGGUCCUGUCAAAUGGUGUGCGAUUCCCACGGGACUGCAGCCACGGCCACGGCCAAGGCAACCAACCCGAUCAAAGACAACCGCCUGGCUCAGUCGCUUCCGACUUUCAUCCAAGGACCUCAAGGAGAGCCGGGACGCGUGGGGAGGAUGGGCUCGAGGGGUCCUAUUGGUGAUCCCGGGCCACCUGGACCUACUGGUCCGCCCGGAGAGAGAGGGGCACCGGGUCCACCCGGAGCACCUGGAUCAAACGGGCCUAACGGUGCCAUCAGCGCCGCUACUUACAACACAAUCCCAAAGAUUGCCUUCUAUGCAGGACUGAAGAAGCAGCACGAGGGAUAUGAAGUGUUGAAAUUCGACGAUGUUGUCACAAAUCUGGGCAACCACUAUGACCCCUCUUCAGGGAAAUUCACCUGCUCAAUACCGGGGAUUUACUUCUUUGUUUAUCAUGUGCUGAUGCGAGGCGGAGAUGGAACCAGCAUGUGGGCUGACCUCUGUAAAAACAACCAGGUGAGAGCCAGUGCCAUCGCACAAGACGCCGACCAGAACUACGACUACGCCAGCAACAGCGCUGUCCUGCACCUCGAGCCCGGGGACGAGAUUUACAUCAAGCUGGACGGCGGAAAGGCGCACGGGGGCAACAACAACAAGUACAGCACCUUCUCCGGCUUUAUGUUGUACGCCGAUUGA